UCUUCGCAGGGCGCGCGCAGGUCCCAGGCCGCCCCAGUCGUGGGGCCGCGGAGCCAGAAGCAGCUGGAGCUGAAGGUGGCCGAGCUCGUGCAGUUCUUGCUGAUCAAGGACCAGAAGAAGAUCCCCAUCAAGCGGAUCGACAUAGUGAAACACGUCAUGGGGGACUACAGGGACAUCUUCCCCGACCUCCUCAAGCUGGCGGCCGAGCGCCUCCUGUACGUGUUCGGGUACAAGCUGGUGGAGCUGGAGCCCAAGAGCAACACCUACAUCCUCAUCAACACCCUGGAGCCCGUGGAGGAGGACGCCGAGGUGAGGGGCGACCAGGGCACGCCGACCACGGGGCUCCUGAUGAUCGUCCUGGGGCUCAUCUUCAUGAAGGGCAACACCAUCAAGGAGACCGAGGUCUGGGACUUCCUGCGGCGGUUGGGCGUGUACCCUACCAAGAAGCAUUUGGUUUUCGGGGACCCCAAGAAACUUAUUACCGAAGACUUCGUGCGACAGCGUUACCUGGAGUACCGGCGGAUACCCCACACGGACCCCGUAGACUAUGAAUUUCAGUGGGGCCCUCGGACCAACUUGGAAACCAGCAAGAUGAAAGUGCUUAAGUUUGUGGCCAAAGUCCACAAUCAAGACCCCAAGGACUGGCCAGCGCAGUACUGUGAGGCUUUGGCGGACGAGGAGAGCAGGGCCAGGCCUGGUGGGCCUAGCGGUUCCGUUCCGGCCCCGGCCCCGGCCCCGGCCCCG